AUGAGACCGUUGAGCAAGGUCGAAAGCCCUCGUGGCAGCUCAUCUAGCGACAUUUGGAAAUUUAACUCCCCAUGGUCGAUUGCCUUGCAAGCAACUCAGUGCACUUAUUCAAACGAUCCAGCUGUCAUUGCACAGUAUCAAAAGGAUAAAUUACUCCAUGAUCGUUGGCCAGGCAGAACCGUGACAAUUAUGUGUGAAUUAGCAAUAGAUAUAGAAAAACAUCCUUGUAAGUUUCCAUUGCCAGUAUUAAUUCAGCAUGGUACGAAAUGCGUAGCACCCAUAGAAUUAAUUCGUAAAUGGGCUGAUUCUUGUAUUGGCGAUAAUAUCACAUUCAACGAAUGGCCAGAUUUUUAUCAUGAACUAAAUAAUGAUCUUGGUAGAGAUGCGGUAUUUGCUUAUACGCUGGACUGGAUUGAAAAAAGUCUGAAACUAUUGACAUCAAUUACAAUCGAAGUAACUCCUACAAACUUAUAG